ACUUUCGGUGUGCUUUUCAUUUCUCCGAAAACCGUUACAACUUGGCAGUUUUUUAAGCUCCUUAUUACUACUCUCACCGCCUCCAUUUCCCUCAAAUCAAUCUGCACUCUUCUUCCGAAUCGAACAAUCUUCCUUCUUCAUUUCGUUGAAAUUUGUGUACUGAAAACGAAUCAUGAAGGCGAGAUUGGUAGUGUUCCCAAUCAGGGGAAGGAAUUGGUGUUUCAGUCGAUCGAUUGAAUCAUCGCAAUCUGAAGCUCAAUCUUCUAAUACUCCUUCUACAUUGAAAGACCUCUGGAAGAAGAUUUCCUCCAAAUCUAGUCAUGAUUCACCCGCCGCGAAUAUCGAAGUCGUCGUUGAUUUUGCCUCCGAUAAGAUGAACAAAGCUUGGACUAGUUUGGAAAAAGCGCCUGCAGGAAGUUUAAAGAACAGACUUCACGGGCUAGGGUUGACGCUUCUUUCUCGUGUUAAGCCUUCGGAGAUCUUUUUGAAAUCCAUUUCUAAGGAGGUAACGCGUGUCGACAUCACCUAUCCCUCAAGUUUAAAUGGACAGCUUGUUCGGCGGAGGCUACGUCAUAUCGCCUCGAGGGGGGCUAUCAUCCACAAGAAGUACUUGUAUGGAUCAGCUACAUUGCUUCCACUGACAUCAUUUUUCAUGGUGCUACCCUUGCCUAAUAUACCUUUCUUUUGGGUCUUAUUUCGGACGUACUCUCACUGGAGAGCUCUUCAGGGAAGUGAAAAUCUUCUUCGAUUAGUUACAAACAGCUCCCAUCAACAGAAGUCAGAUAAGGGAACAACAGACAAGAGUACAAAUGUAAAAGAUGACCCUCAGAGAACGAACAACUGCAUUAGUCCACCAUGGGUAUUAUUGCCAUCAGAAGACCUUCAAAAGCUUAUUCAAUCUGGAGAAUCUAAUGAUGGUUUAAGUGAGUCGACCAUAUCUGAUAUCUGCCAGAGAUUUAACUUGAACACAAUGGAUGUUAUCAAAUACAAGCACUCACUGUAGCUGACUUUUCCCAAGUGCCGCAAGUCAUUCCAUAUCAAUCUUGAAAGAACUGGUCAUGAGAAUUUUAGCAGCUUCCCAGACCCCUAUAAGACUAUGGGGAACCAAGAGAUUCAUAUUAAUCUUCACUACUGUUUCAGGAGUACUCAACAAAAUGUUUUUCUUCUGUAUUUUCUAUAGAUGCUGGGAAGCUCAAAGCUGCCCUGGUUCAAUACAUUUGUUCCCUUGUGAGUUGCUACAUAUCUUGGAAUCGGCAAGACAAAAAUUAGGAAUCUGCAUCCACCGUCACUAACAUACAUGUUACCUGUAGGUUUCUUUGAUUCAGUUAUGACAUUUCCUGCAAUAAUAUCUUCGUAGAAUUAUAGCUUAGUGCAGUGAACUUGAAAGCUAUAACUCUUCAUUUUGUUUUAGUGGUUGUGAAG